AUGACAAGUUACAAAUGCUAGCGGCGUAAGGUACACCAGUUCCAUGAGCAGUAAAAGCGUUUAUCGGUACUCAUUCCAUGCUUUUAACUAGUAGUAAGAGUUGAUGUUGCAUUGCCGAGAAGGCGAGGCGAGACGUUACGACGCACGACGUUACGCGUUCCAGAUAGACGGGGGACAUUUACUGAGUGGGGACAUUUCCUAAAUAAUCCCAAUGGGAAAUUACUUGUAUUGCUGUAUACAAUACGCAGUGACGGCUGCAGUGUUUUUAUGCAGAACAACAGCCGUAUCGAACGAAAACGAUGAAGUGUUUAUUACGGAAGAUUUGUUCUAUACACCACUCAAUGUUUCGGACGCCAAUGCCAUGGCGGAAGCCGGCGCGAAAUUGUGGCCGAACCGCACCGGCAUCCCGUAUCUUUUCAGCAAUGAUUUUGAUGAUUCGGAUAAGAAAGUUGUGCUGAAAGCUCUUAGACAAAUGGAGAAGAAGACAAAAGAAUGCAUUCUGUUCAAAGAAAGGACUGACGAAAGGGAUUACCUAUAUUUUGCGCUAACUGAUGACGGCGAAUGCCGAUUUUUACCCGGGCCGGGGCGAUUGUACGGGGGACAAGAAAUCGCAUUGGGAGGAAAAAACUACUCGUCAUUAUUCAGGCGUUGUUUCAGUACAUCUGAUAUUCAGCAACUCGUAAUGCGUUCUUUGGGUUUUGAUUGGGAGCACCUACGUCCCGACCGUGACUGUUACGUUGAUAUCAUACCAACCAGCAUCGCCGCAGAAGAUGACUAUAAUUCGGAUUUCCAAAUCAAUUCAACAAUCUACACUUUUGGGACCAAGUAUGACUACCAUUCCGUCUUACACUUUCCUGCAUUCUACGACGCCAUAUCGCGCAAAAGCCCUUCCAUUGUGCCGAAGCAAGGGCUGAUUGUUAGGAUGGGACAAAGCGGCCUGAGUCCGACAGAUAUUGCGCGAAUCAAAAUCGCCUACAAGUGUCCGCUGAAAAUCCACCCGGCUGCUAAAACAAAGAAAACUCAGGAAGAUUUUCCAAAGUUUUCGAUGGAGCAAAUGACGGAGGAUGAGUGCGGUGCGCAGUUUAACCGCUACUGCAAACCGUACGUUGCCACAACCGCAGACUGCGCAGACUGGAACCACUUCCAGAUUGAAUGCCAGUCGAAUGUAUCGGUGGCGGUACUGGAACAUAUGGCGCUGGAAAUGGCAGACCCUCCACUGAAGCCAGUGUCUGUUUAUGUCAGUGAAGAAGUCAUAGCUAAAUAUUCGUUCUCACCGGUACAAAUUCAGGUCGUUAUGUUAUUCCUGCGCUCAUGUGCCACAAAUCGCGUGACGUCCAGGCUGGUCCAAUUGAAUUUUACCAAUCUACUGAACUUAGAAUUUUCCCGCUGUAACCGCUUGACUAUCGAGAAGGGGGACUUUGAAACAACACGGCACCUACGAAUAAUAUUGUUUUACCGGAGUACGAUUGAUAGCCUAGAACCGGGUACGUUUACGGACUUGCCGCAUCUCGAGAUAGUGUCCUUGGAAUCACAGUUUAGGAUUCAUAAAACCUAUAAUUUUGAUCCACCGUUCCGGAAUUUUUUGCGCCGUUUGCAUUGUGACUGCGAGUUUGCUUGGUAUCGAUCGUGGUGGCGAAACAACAAAAAGUUGCGGGCGAAAGUCGAAACCGGCCAACUGUACUCUUUUGAAGCACGAUACACAAACACAAGGCUUGAAAACGAUGAGUACACUUACGAGGAUGUCUAUCAUCCCAUUAACUGUAACGCGGAUCCGUUCCCUCUCGGUCCUGAGUGGAUCAGCUAUUACACUCAGGCUGAAUACUCCAUUAAUGAGCCAAACUGUACCGAUGCCGCUACUAACGGGACCUUAAAUGAAGUAACGUCCAAAUCGUUGCAAGCAACAACAUCUGCCUAAAAUUAUUAUCCGCGCACUGCUACUUUGCCUUUCGAAACGGCAGAAAUAGCAAUCGAUUAGCCUUGAACAGCAAGUAGAGUAGCAGACCACCUCAAACGAAUUUGCGCAGCGAGAGAAUUUUUUCUUCGAAAUGUAGAUUUAAAUUAUAAACUGCGAAAAAUGUCAUUUUUUUCAUGUUUUCAUUUGGUCAAAUUCUGUUCGUUGUUAGUAGUCCGUCGUUGUGCUAUACUCUUUUUUACGCUCUUUGACAUUGUUGAAUCGUGAAAAGCGGCUUUUUCUGAAAAUCUACAACUUUGUCAAAAUCAUCUUCUGCCAGUUGCUGGUAAAUCAGAUAAAGUAU